CUCUGUAAAGACCCAACCCAGGCUGACAGGAAGACAAUACAGACUUAUGUUAGGAUGCAGACUUGUAGCUGCUGCCGCUAACUGAAGCAGUUUUCGUUCAAAGAGGAAUUGUUCAAUAAAAUGCCAAUUUUUGAUGGGUUGGGAAGUGGAGGAGAGAAGACUGCGAUUGUCAUUGACUUAGGAGCAGCAUACACAAAAUGUGGCUUUGCAGGGGAAACGGGGCCCAGGUUCAUAAUUCCGAGCGAGAUCCGGAAACCGGGACAGCAGCAGGCUGUCAAAGUGGUUCAGUACAACAUCAACACAGAAGAGCUUUAUGUCAUCCUCAAAGAGUUUAUCCACAUACUGUACUUCAGACACCUGCUGGUGAACCCUCGAGACAGAAGAGUGGUCAUCAUCGAGUCCAUCCUCUGCCCGUCCCACUUCAGGGAGACCCUCACCAAGGUUUUCUUCAAACAGUUUGAGGUGCCCUCUGUGCUGUUUGCUCCAAGUCACCUUAUGGCCAUCAUGACUCUGGGCAUCAACUCUGCACUGGUGAUGGACUGUGGAUACACGGAGACACUGGUGUUGCCUGUUUAUGAGUGCACUGCUAUUCUUCCAGCCUGGGAGGCUUUGCCUCUGGGAGGGAAAGCCAUCCAUAAAGAACUAGAUGGAUUUCUUACAGAACAGUGCACUGUGGACACAGACACCACCACUGGACAGAGCAUACCAGCUGUUAUUGGGACUAUACCAGAAGAAACUGUAGAAGAUAUCAAGGUCAGAACGUGUUUCGUCAGUGACCUGCAAAGAGGCUUCAAGAUCCAGGAAGCCAAAUUUAACCUGGAUGGUACAGCAGAGCGUCCAGACCCUCCUCCAGAUGUUGAUUAUCCUCUGGAUGGGGAGAAGAUCCUACAUAUUAAAGGAUCGAUCAGGGACUCUGUGAUGGAGAUCCUGUUUGAACAAGACAAUGAAGAGAAGAGUGUGGCCUCUCUGAUGCUCGACGCUUUGGUCAAGUGCCCCAUUGACACACGUAAAGUGCUCUCUGAAAACCUGGUGGUGAUCGGAGGCACGGCCAUGCUGCCUGGCUUCCUGCACCGUCUGCUGGCAGAGAUACGCCUCCUGGUGGAAAAACCCAAGUACAGCAACGUGCUGGCCAGCAAGAGUUUCCGCAUUCACGCUCCACCUGCCAAGCCCAAUUGCACCGCGUGGCUCGGAGGAGCCAUCUUUGGGGCCCUUCAGGACAUCCUCGGCAGCAGGUCGGUGUCACGCGACUACUACAACCAGACAGGCCGGAUCCCAGACUGGUGCUGCUUGAGCUCGCCUCCUCCUGAGUCUUUGUAUGAAGCAGGAAAAACCCCUCCUCCAAUGAUGAAGAGGGCAUUUUCCACUGAGAAGUAGAUUACGCUGUCAGAGAAUUCACACAAUCUUCUCCAGCCCCGACAGAUCAGUCCUGUAAUCUUUUAAUGUAACAUCACUACAGUCGUCUGUCUGUGUUUGUACUACACACACAGUUGAAGAUAUUUUAAAUGUCCAGUAGUCAAAGUUGUUAUACUGAUUGUGGACUGUUUAUUUAGGAUAACACCUAUCAGACUGUAAGACAGAACAAAUAUUUGCAUUUUAGAGUUGCAUUAAUUUGACUAUUGCAAAGUUAAAAUGUCAAACAGCUCGUGAUACAUGCAGAUGUGUGCUGCCGCUGGGCAAGCGUGUGAAUCUGUUGCAUCCUCUUUCUUUGUAUUCUGUUCAGCAGAAGACUAAAACAUACAGAAAUUAUGUUAUCUGGAAAAAUCCAUGUUUCACUUCUACAGUCAUUACCCAUAAGGCUUUUCAAAAGAAAAAAAAAUUGCACGUAUUUAUUAUUUGUAUUCUUAAAUCCGCACACAUGAAAAGUCUCCCAGGUGUUUGCGGAAGUUGAACGUUUGUUUCUCUGCACUAAUGGGUGCAUUAAGAGGGUCAGGCAUGUGAAGAGACUAGCAGAAUCCUUCAAAAAAGAGGUCCAGUUAUAACUGUCUAUGUUGUUUGGGGUCAUUUAAAACAUGCCGUGGACAUUUAACUGUUAAUCUAUAAACCCUCAUUACAACAAAUAAAUACUUAUUGAAUCUGA